CCUGUCCCCGUUGCUCGCCUCUCGGUGUGGAGACGGGACGCUGCCUGCCUCGCUCUUUAAAACCCAGGGAUUUGAAGCCUUUGGGUGCCAAUGAAGAGGUUCAUACGGAUUCGGUCCAAAUUAAUAUUAGAAAGAUUAGUUUAACGCUUUUGAUUUUGUAUACCUAGUGAACGAAUAUAUCACCUUAAAUACAAUAAUGUUAGAGUCACCUCUUCUAUUCAGCGCGGUUACAGUAAGUUUUAAAGGAAGUCAGGAAUCUUCUGAAUCACAUUUGGUCCCGUGUUUAUUUCUGGAGGAUUACGGCGGUGGCAGAAGGCGUUCCAUUUUAAUCCAUUAACCCCAGGGCCGGCCGGGAGACCAGCUCCGUCCGCUUCACCAAUGCCACUGCCAACGGCUUCAUCCGCAGCCGCCCCAGAGCAGCCCCGCAGCUGCGGAAGCCCCGCUCCCUCUCGAAGGAAGGUUUUCCCGUGAUCUACACUCGGGCCAAGUCUUCAUGUGGUCUCGUCCAUGGCUGUUCUGGGCGUGCGGUUCACCAGGAGACGGAGAGACAGACUGGCCCAGGCGCUGCGGAUGCUGAACUGGGUGUUGGUGCUGACGGGGAUGGUUUUGAUCAGCCUAGGGAUCUACCUGACCCUGGAGGUGAGGAAACGCAGUGAGGUAAUGGUGAUCAGUGGGGGAACCUCUCUCCCCAAAAUGCUGGUGGUGGUGGGAGCCAUCGCCUGUGGCAUCAACCUGCUGGGGAGCAAGAUCUGCCAUGACUGCUGGGACAACAAAUUCUCCCGCUGGAGGCUGCUCAUGGUUCCCUACAUCACCUGCACCACCUUCUUAUCCAUCUUCAUCCUGGUGGGGGCCUUGAUGUGCUACAGCAUGAGGAGCACACUGGAGGAAUCCCUCGACCUGGGCCUCCAGCGUGCCAUGAGGUUCUACAAGGACACUGACACCCCGGGCCGCUGCUUCCUCAAGAAGACCAUGGAUGAGUUGCACAUGGAGUUCCGUUGCUGCGGCAACAACGGCUUCAGGGACUGGUUUGAGAUCCAGUGGAUCAGCUCUCGCUAUCUGGACAUGAACUCCAAAGAGGUCCAAGACCGUUUGAGGAGUAACGUGGAUGGGAAGUAUUUGUUGGAUGGCAUUCCCUUCAGCUGCUGCAACCUCAACUCGCCCCGUCCUUGUAUCCAAUUUCAACUCACCAACAACUCAGCCCACUACAACUACGACUACCUGACUGCAGAGAUGAACCAGUGGAUGAUAGGCUGUCGACAAGCACUACUGGAUCAUUACACCCCAAUUACGCAGUCUAUCGGGCUCUCCAUGCUGUUCAUCUGGCUCUUUGAGAUUUUGGUUCUGAUUGGUGUCAGGUAUCUGCAGACUGCAAUGGAGAACGUUCAGAACCAUGGUGACCCAGACAGUGCAUCGGAAGGUUGGCUACUGCAGAACAACUUUGUGGAAAAAGCCAAAACAAAUUUCAACAUCAUUAAAAACCUGCACAAAGUCGAUCAGAUAUCCACGAUCUCAGGAGUGGAAGAUCGCAAUAACGUUGCCAAGUAUGGACCGGACAAUACUCUGCCCCAAAUUAUCACUACCAGUUAA